AUGACAAAUGUUCAACAUCGCCGCUCUACAAUAAAUGAUAUUGAUUUACAACAACAACAACAUAUCAAUGAUCCUCCACCAAUUCCACUUAUGUCAAUUAUUAUUCCGCCAACUGAAUAUUCUUAUACACAAUCUACAUCAUAUGAAACAUCAAUUGAUGAACCAAUACAUUCAUCUUUAAUAACACCUAUUACAAUAUCUGAUGAUAAUAUUUUAUCAAUAUCACCUAAUCAAAUUGAUAUUUCAAAAUUUCAUUUUGCUCAUGUAAUUAAAGUUCCACAUGGUACAAAUCUUAUUGCAUCUAAUAAUCAAUCAACAACAGUAUGUAUUAAUUCAAUUGGAAAUAUAAUUCAUCUUAUUACACCUACGGGUUAUUAUAUUCGAUCAUCAAGAUGGCCCGAAACAGAAAAUAAAAUUAUGGAUUUACUUUGGUGUGAAAUAUUACAAGUUUAUCUUAUUACAACAUCAAAAAGUCUUUAUACACUUAAAUAUGAUUUAAAUCAAACAUUAUUAAUUGAAAAAUUACUUAACUAUCCUGAUUAUUAUUUAUCAAAAAAGAUUUUCAUUGCUUGUAAUUCCUAUCGUCUUUAUAUACAUGAUCAAUCAUCAAAAUUCAUCGAUGUUUAUACUCUUCAAUUUAUUCAUUUACAUACAAAACAAUUACCUGAUUGUAUUAUUAAUAAUCAAAUCGAAGAAUUUUCUUGUUCUAAUUCAUUUCUUAUUUUAUAUUAUAAAUAUAUUUCUAAUAAAUUUAUUAUAUUAGAUCCAAUAACAAUGAUAAUUAAAUAUGAAUUUGAUUUAUCAUAUAAAAUAAUAUCAUCUAUACGAUGUUUUGAUAAUGAAAAUAUAUUAAUAUUUAUUGGUAUGAAACAAGAUAAAGAAAAUCGUUUAGUUUUUUUAAAUCUUGAAUAUAUGAAUAAAGAAAAUAAAAUACAAGAAAUAAUUAUUGAAAAAACUAUUGAACAUGAUGAACAAUUCAUUUAUCUAUUACCAAACUGUCGAGAUUUAAUGAUACUUAAUAUAAUUGCUGCUCGUAUACAAUAUUUGAAAUAUCGUUCUUAA